GUUAGGGCUCCACAAGGGUGCUUUUAAAAGUACUCGCGCGGUCAAAAACACGUAUUUCUUGCAUUAAUAUGCUCGCAAAUUCCUUAAUCAGGUUGAUAUAGUGAUAAGGUAUGAUAUAGAUACGUGCAGUCCACGUGAUAAGCUCUUUGAGACUACCUUCCCGUACACUGUCGAGUAAAAGACAGUGAAGCUGGUCAGAGAGCCGACAGAAACCAUCUGUAAGAAAGCGAGAUGUAAAUUGAGGUUUAUCCUCAAUAUAUGGUAGUCUAAAUCAUGCCUAUUUAUUGGUAUAUCUUUACUCCUUUGGAUUUUGUGGGCUUUUUUGUGCUUUUCUUACCUUACCAUCAUCAUUGAAAGCUAUUUUACGUCUUACAUACCUCAAAUAUUAUAACAAUAUCAGGAGUCUUAAUAACAUUGUUUAACUCCAUGGUGUAUUUGUCUCGGGCAACAAAAUUGAUGUAUGUAAUGCCAAUAUAUGCCCUAUCAACUUGGGAAUGUUACAGCGAUUGACAAUGGUCUGAUUAUCUAUAACAUGAAUAGCUUAGGUUUGUCAAGUGUCGUUAUUGUUUAAAAGUGACAUUAUGCGACCUACAUUCCCGUGAUUGAGAUUGUAGAUCGAGGGAGGAAGCAAUAAACGAUAGGCCUUUUCUACUUUUCAAAAUACUCUCCACUAACGUACAGUAAUUUGGUCUAAACAUCGGUACGCUAGUGAUGUCACGUAGGCUAACCCAAAAAAUGUACUAUCGGGAGAAGGGAAUGAGCAAAAUAGUGAUGCGUAAUUGAUGAAUCACAUAAUUAUGGAUAUGAUAUCGAUCCCGGCUGUUGAAGACUAGGAUGCGGUGUUGGUUCGUGUGAUUAGAUCAAACGUAUGCAACUUGUUGUAUUCUACGUGUGCUAACAGCAGACCUGAAAGUGUCCAUGGAUAUGAAGAUAUCAGUAUUAGGCUUCUUAUAGCUUUCGAGUGCAUAUGCCGUCUGUUCUGUACCCUAGUUCGCUAUAUUAGAAGCGCGAUACAGCCCCAGAAUACGCGAACUAGGUAGUUAUCUAUCCGGGAGUGUUUUUAGACAGUAGGAAGAAAACACAUCAUGACAGUCGUCAAUCUAGACAGAUCGGUUACGAGUGGUAAUUGGUAUUUUGAGCGAACAAAUUCCUACUGGUCGAUAUUUGCUGCAAGAUUAGCAGCCAGAAAGAAACAUUUGUGUAUGGAUUCAAUAAAAUAAAACAUUUGAUGUAUUUACAAACUUAUAAAUCAACGUCGAUGUCGUCAUUCAGAAGAUUUCGGCCAAUCUAUAGAAAUAUCAGCAAAGAUACGAAUUCUCGGCACACGAUCUACGCAACAGUUGGUGGUGUAGGUGUGACUGGUUACUACCUCUAUCAUUUAGAAGAGAAUGCAGCUGGACGCUGGCGAUUUCUAGACGUAACGCCCUCACAGGAGCGUCAAGCAGGUGAAGCAGCCUAUAGAGACAUGCUGCGACAGUAUCGCCGACAUAUUCUCCCUUCCUACCAUCCAACUGCUCGAUACGUGAGCGAUGUCGCAUCGCGGAUUAUACAAGCGUCACCUUACACUAUUGAUGGACGCUGGGAAGUUUUCGUCAUACACUCACCAGUGAAGAAUGCGAUGGUCUUGCCAGGCGGGAAAAUAUUCGUCUUUGAUGGCAUCCUCCCAAUGACGGCCAACAAAGACGGCUUGGCAGCUGUAAUUGGACAUGAAGCAGCACAUCAGUUUCUCCGUCAUGCAGGAGAACGUAUGAGUUUUGGUAAGAUCUUCGUCGCACUUGGUCUCGGUUUGCAGGCUAUGGGCAUUGAUUUCGGUAUCAGUCACGCAUUAUUUAAGCUCAUAUUGGAGUUACCUAACUCACGGAAAGCUGAACAUGAAGCUGACAAAAUUGGUAUGGAUGUCGCUGCUCGAGCGUGCUUCGAUCCCAGCGAGGCGAUAAGAGUGUGGCAGAGAAUGUCCGCUUCAGACAACGGUGAUAGAGCUUUAGAUUUCCUUUCCACACACCCAGGGCAUCAAGAUAGAAUAGAAAAACUCCGAGAGUACCUCCCACAUGCUCGAAAAAUAUACGACAGCAGUGAAUGCUCACAGAUGUCAGACUUUUCGACGUUAUCAAACACAAUUGCAAAUACUGUUAAAUGGUAAAACGGCC